UCAGUGUUUGUAAUGUAAAUAUGUUCCUUUGUAAUGCUUCAGAAAGUGUGUUCGAUAUUUUAAUACUCGUUCAUUAUCGGAAAUAUUUAUCUUAUUUAUUUGGUCAAAAAUGUGUGGCCACUUAAUAAUUUGUUUAACCACAUGAAAUAUUGCGACCAAUUUGUCAAACUCGGAGGUUAAGAAUGCUUUCCCAUGGUGGAUAUACGUUAUUGUAAAUCAACAUCACAAAUGCAUUAAUUUUAUCUACAAUACAUCCCUCGGGCCCACUGCGGUUCAGCUGUAAGAUAUAUAGGAUGUUAAAGUCGAAAUGAAUCACAAUUUCAAUUAAAGAAAUUUUAUGAGUCGGUAUCCAACCGUGAUCAUUGGAAAUUUAGAAUACGAGAUCAGUUUUGUCGACGGAAGGACAUGAAGAAUUUACUUUAAUGGAACCUUAACUCGAAACAUAUUAUACAAUUAGGCGCCUUGGGUGUUAAAAUGAAACGUUUUUAUGAGCAUCGAUGAUAAUAUAAUUGAGAAACAAAAGUGAUACUUUAAAGACAUAUAUAAGGGAACUUUUCGUAAGACGCGUGGAAGCAGCGAAUUCUGCAAACCGGAAGUAAAAACAUGGCGGGGACGUCAGGCGGACGUCAACGGAAAUUGGUCCACCGGCCGUCGGAAAUGUUUAUUGAGUUUACGCGGCAGGCAGAAUGGGAUGAGUUCCACUUCGAGAAACAGAUGCUCAAUAAAUCUGAGCUGCUCAAAGAGAGUCUGCAGGGGUUUGAGGAGUGCACCGCCAUCAUUGGUGACCCUGCCAACAGGAACCAGCACCAGUUCAGCUACGUGAAUAUGACGCUACGUGACCGUGUGGUUGACGUCUUCACGACGUUUGAGACGCUUGAGGAACGUACAGUACUGGGAAACAAGCUCGCCAGACUCAAGUUUGUGGAGAACUUGGUCGAGUACUACGAGUAUGUCCUAGACGCCUUAUCCCUCUCCUGUCUAACGGACGGCCAGGUUGCCACACGGCUCGAGGAUCCCGGAAUCCGCCUCCUCCUGACCGUUCGCCGCCUCCUCUGGGACUACUCAGACAGUUGUCCGAAGUUCUCCGAAGUGAUCGCGGAGGGGGGCAUGUUCCGGCAGUUGAUGCUUGACCUACAUUUUAUAUGUGCAGAUGGUCAGGAGAGGCUAGAGAAACAAGCUGAGGCCGGAAGUGACGUAUUUGUGUUUUGCUCGGCGGUCAGCAUCCUUUAUAACUGCGCGCGAAACCCAUUCAUUGAGAAGGAGCGCUUCCGGGAGUGUAGGGCCGUGCAAAAACUGACACCCUUCCUUAGAUGCCAGUAUGACUAUAUCAAAAUGGUUACUCUGCUAGCUCUUGUCCACAUGGUGAGAGAGAACGAGCUGGCGGGCCUGGAGAUGGAGGCGGGUUUUGACCUCACCGCCUUUAUCACCGACGCUCUUUAUAUGGCCAUACAGUCGAAGGAAAGACGAGAGCACGGGUUUCACGUGUCUGAGUUGGUGGACGGCCUCACGGCGCUCGCUCAGACGAAAGAACAGAAGCGGAGGUUUAGUGCACCCCAUGUGCUAACCAUCUGCGCGCGCAUUCUCCGGAAGGAAAAUCAGAGCGAAGUGCUGGCCGUCCUAAAGCUCAUCUGGGAGCUAGCAUUUCUGGAGGACUGCAGGAUCGCCAUCAAGAGCGAGGAAGAAUUGUUAGACGCCGUUAGAAUGCAACGAUUUAACAACCACUAUGAUACCCAGUAUACCGCCCGCCGGGCUGCCUUCCAGUUGCUAGACUUGCCCGACAGGCUCAACACAGUUGAGACCCGUCCCCCGGACUUUGAUGCCCGGCCGCAUGUUAUGUUCAGCUACCACUGGGGCGACCGGAAAUCAGUUAUGGAGAUUUACCGAGUCCUCCGUGCGGAAGGGUAUCCUAUUUGGAUUGACGUCGCCGAGCUCAGCAAACAUUCUGACGUGACGGAAGCUGUGAAAUCUGCGGUGGAACAUUCCAUUGUUAUUCUUGCCUGUCUUUCGGAGAAAUACAAAAACAGCAGAAACUGCAGAACUGAGUUAGAGUAUGGUUUCUCGCUAAAGAGAGCCAUACUGCCGCUCCAACUGCAUACGGGGUACGAGGCGGACGGUUGGCUGCGGUCCGUCAUCGGGGAGGAACCGGAUGUCCUCUACUUCACGGAGCGGCAGCCCCCGCCGGCCCAGCUUAGGAGGCUGCGAGAUAAAUUGCAAACACAUAUUCAAGGCGUCACACCGCCGUUGUAUCGCACACCGUCCAGACAGAAGUCACGUGAGUUGACACGGGCUCUGUCACGUGGACCAUCACGUGGUCAGUCCCGCGCGACGUCACGUGCCUCUGUGCUCGGGCCGAUCUCAAUACAAACUGUAUGCAAGGUGCUGGAAUGGACACCGGAAGAUGUUGAACAGUGGGCUUUCGACAUAAAGCUUGAAGGGAGUGCUUACCGCAAGGUGUCCAAGAUGUCUGGACCUCAAGUUUACUGUCUCUUUCAAAACUGGAUGAAGAAGCCGGAGUCGUUUUGCUACUGGGCAGAGAGUAUUCUACACCUGGGCAGCGUGGAAGACCUCGCGCGCUUUAGUAACGCCGUCCGCAAUCUGACGUCAUAUGUCGCAUGACGUCGCCGAAAAUUAGAUUAUGAUAAUCUAAAUUAUUAGUGCUUGUUAAAAUAUAUCCGUUAAGGGAUAUGUGUAUGGCUGUAUCAGUUGUUUGAC